UGCUUCCCUUCUGGCUUCCGUGACCUCAGAAUUUCCAUUGCUUCAAUGGCUACCGCUCCACCAUCUCCCUCAAUGGCGUCAAACGCCAAUGUCUUGAGGAGGAUUGACACCAAAAACCCACCAAACCCGCUUUUUUUAUUGCCCAAAUGCACUUCGCUGAGGGAGCUUGAGCAAAUUCACUCCUUUGCCAUCAAAACCCACCUCCAAAAUUAUCUCUCUGUGGUCACCAAGCUCAUCAAUUUCUGUACUCAGAAUCCGACUAUGACAUCCAUGGCUUAUGCACAAAAGCUGUUCGAUAAAAUUACUGAACCAGAUGUGGUUCUCUAUAACACCAUGGCUCGUGGUUAUUCCCGCUCUAACUACCCGCGUCAAGCCAUUGCGCUCUUUGUUCUAGUUCUUAGCUCUGGUCUUCUACCUGAUGACUACACCUUCACUUCUGUUAUUAAGGCUUGUGCUAGUUCUAAAGCAUUCCAGGAAGGUAAACAAUUGCAUUGCGUUGCUAUCAAACUUGGGCUGGAUGAUAAUGUUUAUAUUUGUCCUACACUCAUAAGUAUGUAUACUGAGUGCAAUGAUGUUGAUGCUGCUCGUCAGAUUUUUGAUAAGACAUCGGAACCAUGUGUGGUUUUGUAUAAUGCAAUUAUCACAGGGUAUACUAGAAGUAGCAGGCCAAAUGAGGCCCUGUCAUUAUUUCGUGAAUUGCAGCUGAGAAAUUUAAAGCCCACUGAUGUUACCAUGCUUAGCGUUCUGUCAUCUUGUGCCUUGUUAGGAGCAUUAGAUUUGGGAAAAUGGAUUCAUGAAUGUGUCAAGAAAUUUGGAAUUGAUAAGUAUAUAAAGGUAAGCACUGCACUUAUAGAUAUGUAUGCAAAGUGUGGGAGCUUGGAGGAUGCAAUUUCUGUCUUUGAGAACAUGCAGGUAAGAGAUACUCCGGCUUGGUCAGCAAUGAUUAUAGCAUAUGCAACUCAUGGGCAGGGUCAUAAAGCCAUUGCGAUGUUUGAAGAAAUGAGAAAGGCAAAAGUGCAACCUGAUGAGAUCACAUUUCUUGGUCUCUUGUAUGCAUGUAGCCACAAUGGAUUGGUGGAGGAAGGCUGGAAAUAUUUCUCUAGCAUGAGUGACAAGUAUAAAAUCCUUCCUGGGAUCAAACAUUAUGGGUGUAUGGUAGAUCUACUUGGUCGAGCAGGACGCUUGGAUGAUGCAUUUAAAUUUAUUGAUGAAUUGCCAAUAAAGCCUACACCAAUAUUGUGGCGAACAUUGUUAUCUGCUUGUAGUAGCCAUGGCAAUGUGGAAUUGGGGAAAAAGGUAAUCAAAAGAAUUUUUAGAUUAGAUGACUCCCAUGGUGGGGAUUAUGUAAUCUUAUCCAACUUGUGUGCACGAGUUGGGAGAUGGGAAGAUGUUGAUUUCUUGAGGAAGUUGAUGAAAGAUAGAGGGGUGGUGAAAGUUCCUGGUUGUAGCUCCAUAGAGGUGAACAAUGUAGUGCAUGAGUUCUUCUCUGGGGAUGGUGUGCAUUCCACUGCCACAUCUUUGCACCAGGCACUUGAUGAAUUAAUGAUAGAAUUGAAAAUGGCAGGUUAUGAACCUGAUACUUCUCUAGUCUUUCAUGCUGAGAUGGAAGAGAAAGAUAAAGAGAUUACUCUUAGAUAUCACAGUGAGAAAUUGGCCAUUGCAUAUGGGCUCCUAAACACUCCUCCUGGGACUACAAUUCGUGUGGUAAAGAACCUAAGAGUCUGUGGGGAUUGUCAUUCUGCUGCUAAACAUAUAUCAAUGAUCUUUGACAGGCAGAUCAUUCUUAGAGAUGUCCAACGAUUUCAUCACUUCAAAAAUGGAAAGUGCUCUUGUGGUGAUUUCUGGUAAUACAAUUAAUCAAAUCCAAUGUAAUUUAAAUUUAAUGCAAGCAAUGUAUUAUAUCAGAGCUUUUCCUUUAGGUGGAUUUGUGGGGCUCCUGAUAAUGACCCAGAGGGAGAUAUUCCUGUUGAUGAUGUAAAUUUGCUUAAGAAUAGACCGAAAAUAGAUAGGAUGAUCAUGAUAUCAGCUGGCGUAGUUUCCAUUGUCAUCUUUGCUUAUGUGAUCAUAUUUGCUCAAGUAUUAUCCAUUGGUUUGCGUACACCAGGGGCCUUUCCUGGGUGCUUGUGCCUGACGUGUGAACCUCUUCAGUUGCUUCCCGCAAUGGAUUGUGGCCAGGGGAUGUAAUCAUUGCCACUAAUGGUAGCAAGUUAACAUGAGGUUAUCAUCAUACUCAGAAUGGACAAAAAAAAAAAAGACUAGUAAGAGUAAAGGUGCUGCUGGGAAGUUUAAGAAAUGGUAACACCUGACCGGAUAAACUUUGCAAUUUCUGGAGUAUGCUAUGAAGAAGCUUGUUUUUAUUCCCAGAAGAGUAUGAAGAGCUUUUUGUUACUCUGUAAUCAGCAAAGUUGUAAAGUGUUGUGGGCUAAUUCAACGUGCGCAGCAAAGCAAUAAUUUUGGAGGUUUUGAUUUUUGUUUACUGUUACUGAUGAUUUUUGAUAUGACUCAUGCUACAUUUGAAUGCAGAACCUUAUUUUCAGGAAUCAUUAUUACUCUAGAACUUGGAUGAGUCUUAUUUUUAGAUACCCUUGCUUGUCAAUAGACCAGUGAUCUGGACAUCACAGGUUGUGCCUACGGAGCCAUAACAGUUACUGUCAUACCAAUGGUUACUACCAUCAUAUUAUCAGUGAACGUGUCUCCCUACGUUUUUUUUUUCUCUUGACCAACCAUAUGUAUCCCUACUUGCUUCUGCAUUUUAAUUUAUUACC